AUGGGCCUUACUGGGACAUACAUGCUGACGCUGUUUCCGAGGCCUCAGGAUGCUGGUGAAUUGCGCCUAGAUUUGCCCCAGCCCUGCGUUUCUUCAUCACAUUCGACCUGGGGAGGCGACAACUCCUAUUCACAAUUGACUGAAAGUAUCAAAAUAACCAUACAUUUGAACGCUGGCGCGGAUGUGGACGCUCGAGACACCUUCGGCAACACGCCGCUCCACUACGCGGCCGAGGACGGUGAUAGUGGCCUCUUGAGUCUGCUCUUGCACAACGGAGCCGGAGUCGACGCGCAGGUGAGACGCAGUCAAACCUAUCGGUCGGUAGAGUCUGUAGAGGCUGUUGCUUUUAAGCGUCCGUAUUCACAAGCAUCGUCGAGGCUUCUCGAAUUGAAGAUCCCUCUUGAAGCGCCCUCAAGACAUGCUGUGAUCUUACCCGACUCUAAGCGACAGGGUUGA